CUUCAGGCUCAUAAUUAACAAACCUGAAUCAGAUCCUCAGUUUAGAGUCAAUCUUAUGAUUAAAGAAAAGCCUGAUGAGUCUACUCCUAUGAGAAGGAAAGGAGAUAGAAUUAAGACAGUGCCUUCGAUCAAGUUAUUCCACACUCAAGAAAAACCGAAUGUGAAAUAACUUUAUGAAGAUAAAUACUAUUGGAGUUAACUCAGUUAAACAGCAAAGUCCUAAGGCGAAGAAACAUAUCAAGAUGAAAGAUAGAACAACGCCAAAGAAGGGCAAGCAUAAUUCUGGAUUACUAAGGUCAACGAGCCUGAUGGGUCAUUAUGAGAAUCAGAAUUUCGGGACUUUUGACUCGGUAGUUAAGAGUGCGAGGUACAGUAUUCAAAGAUUUUUACAACAGAGAAUCUCUUUAAUUCAAGAAGAGUCAGAAAGUGGGUACUCAGAGAUAAAAGAACCAAGUAAAAAUAAGGCUUCCUUCGUCUACAGUCAAUGGAACAUCAUCGGGACAAAUCAAAGUCAGUACCUCGAUAAGGAAAUUUCUAAAGUCCUGAAGAAUAAAUAAGAAGUAUGAUGAUAAAUUGAAGGUUUCACAAACUUCCCUUUUUGAAACAAUGGCGCUAAAGAAAUUAAAGCUACCUUCAAAGCUAGAAGGGUGACGACUAAAUAAUCUUCCAAAGUUAAUCACUAAAUUUGAGAAUAAAAAAUCUCAGAAAUGUCCCAAAAUUAUGCCAAGACAACUCAAGAUAUCUGAGCAUAUUAUUUGAAGGAACAAAGAUGAUAAAACAGUUGACAACCCGCCAAGUUCUUCGAUCAAGAGGAUCAAGGAUAGAAUGAGCUCAAAGUCCAGAGCAAAGACUAAUUUGAAGCAGAGAGGACAUGCUUCACAGUCACGGUUUCUUCACAACAAAAGGAAAAAGAAGCAAAACAUAAACUCUCAGAAUGCUGAUAAUUCUAGUACUGAGAAUCCAUUAUUAGGAGUUUCAAAAUUUCCCAUGACUCUUAGUACUCCUUGGGUUAAAAAUGAUUUUAUCUUCAAUACUUUUCUUCCUGUUCCGCUGACAGAUAGAAAAAUUAUGCAAAAACCUAUAAAGGUUAAGCGAGUACGUCCCCUCUGACAUGGUGAAAGACUUAAAAUGUCUGCCUCAGUGCAAGGUUUUCGGAAGAGUAGCCAAAACUUUGCUAAAAAGUCGACAUCUCACUCUGCUAGGAGGUUUUUAUAGAAUUUCAACUGAA